AAUUAAUUAAGAAUUACGAUAGGUUAGCUCAAACGGGUUUUUUCCCCAAGUUGCAGAAGGUUGAAGCUGCAAUUGCAGCAAUUUUCGAAGCUCAGAUGCCAAGAAAAUCGUUUCAGUUAAGGAGAAACGACGAAAAAGUGGAGAUUCUUUGAUUCGAAUAGGCGAGGACGCGGAGCCCAUUCAAUAGAAGAAUCUUCACCUUUUGAGUCGUUUCUCGAACUAAAACCACGUCCCUCCCUCCGCUAUUGUUCAUAUUAAACAAAAGAACAAAAAGGCUUUACUGGUGCUUUGAGAUGAACUAUCUUUUGUCCAGCGUUGGCUGGCGAUGACAUUUGCAUUUACAUAAAAGCUUUAUUCCUGUCCAAUUAAGCCAUUGAGUAACUCCUCGGCUGGGUGCACAACUGUUUUUUAUUUACAAGCACAGUACAUGCUUUACACGAAACUGACACACAGACAUGCAGUCGACACCACCAGUGUAUGGCACGGCACACAAUGUUUGACGCUCCGAGUGGAUUUAUAUUUAUUUAUUACUUACGGAAAUAUGCUAGAUUUAAAUUAGCAAAGGCUACCGAUAUGACUGUACGAAGCUGGGACCCGUUUACACCACCAACAAGCAAGUUUCUCGAGUGACUGAUUUGAGAACUUCAGUUUACUGUCUAGUCAAAUGAAGAUUACGUUUACAACCUUGAAAGUACCGGUACAUGCUUACUCUCUAAAAUCCCCCAGUCACCGAAGGAAAUUCUUCCGUUUGAAUAAUACAUACAUUUGGAAUAUCAUCUCAUUCAUCUGGGAAGCAUCAUACUAGGAGUGAAGAAAACCACUCCUUGGGACCUCCAGACGACCGACGUGGGUCUUUUGGAGCGCUGACUUCUACGGGGCAAAGCUUACGAGGAAGAUGAUUUGGAAUGGUGGUGCAUCUCUAUGGCUGGCGGUAGCCGUAACUUGCGUGCUCAUGAGCAACAGCCAAGCAUCCAUUUUGCCAGGAGCUUCAGAAAUGUUCCGGGCUGGAUUGAGUCUGGAUUUGACGGGAGGAAAUGUCCGAGAGCGCCGGCCUGUUGCCAAUGAGUCUGUCCUCAUGCCAAUUAUCGACGCCUUUGGGGUCAGCGGGGCGAUGACUAAGGAGCAACUGCAGAAGUUAAUGCUGGCUAUAAACUCUCAGUGCUACUCUGUGGAAGAGCUCCUCUCGGACCAUUCCUUAACCGAGGAGGAUUUACUGAACAACACAGCGGCAGCACUGCAGGAAAUCUGCCCGUCCCUGCUGUACCAGACCGCCCUGGAUGAAUGCUCGGUAACGGAAACAAAAGCCACGCCAGUCGAUGACUCGGAUGGCCCGACCACAGCACAAGUUUGGGGCUACGGUGUCCUCUGUGUGACCAUCAUCAACCUGGGGUCGCUCAUGGGUGCUUUUGUUGUCCCAUGCAUGGACAAAAAGGUCUACAAGCUCAUUCUAACCUACCUUGUUGGACUGGCCGUGGGCACUCUGACCGGCAGUGCUCUCCUUCACCUCAUUCCCAAGACACACGUUCUGAAAGUUAAACUGGUUGGAUAUGAGUUGGUGUGGAAGGGCGCAUGCAUCUUGGCUGGUAUAUACAUAUUCUUUGUGGCAGAACGACUCCUGAAGAUUUUUUCGACCUGGAGUGACUUGAACAGGGGGAAGAGACAGGAAAGUACAGCGCACAUCUCGGACGAUACCAAACCACGUUGUGACGACUAUAAGAUCAUUUCGUGCGAAUCUGACCAUGGAGUGAGCGAAUCUGCCUCAGCUAUCAACGAGACAAAUCACAUUCAUGGCCACAGUCACGGGACACUGGCCAGGAAUGGCAAGGUGCGUAUCGCCACGGUGGCUUACAUGAUCGUCUUUGGGGACGGUCUGCAUAACUUUGUAGACGGGUUAGCUAUCGGGGCAUCCUUCAGCACGUCACUACUGAGUGGGUUCUCGACUUGUAUUGCGAUCGCCUGUGAGGAAUUCCCGCAUGAACUUGGUGAUUUCGCUAUUCUGCUCAAAUCUGGAUUGUCAGUCAAACAGGCAAUGGGUUUCAACUUCACGUCGUCUUUGGCUUGCUACGUCGGAUUAAUCGUCGGUAUAACCGUUGGCCGUCUGACAUCAGCAGAGCCCUACAUAUUUGCACUGGCUGCGGGCAUGUUUUUGUACAUCGCAUUGGCCGAUAUGCUUCCGGAGAUCUCUAAUGUGUCUUCCAAGGGCAACUUCAAACUCAGUCAAGAACUGGGCAUCUUUGUAUUGCAGAGUGCCGGAAUGCUGACUGGGUUUGGCAUUAUGAUACUCCUGUCUGCACUCCAUCCUUACAUCAAGAUCAAAGGCUAGGCAUUCAUUGCAAACAACAGACCGAGUUGACUACACGAUGCGUCAACAUGCGUCUCGACAUUAACUUUUAUAGCAGAGUGGACAAAUAUUGACUGCUUCGAGUGGUAUAGAAAAACUAGCCUCCUGAGGUGAUUCAUGGAGCGAAUACCAAGAGAUAAAGCAGUCAACAUUUGUUUUAUAACACCAUACCCACGGAUUCUGUACAACCUAAGCUAAAAUCAAUAAUGAAACACCAAAGACAGAACGGGCAAAUCGCCGGUGUUCCAUUUUGCAAAUCGUGUAUGACGUGUAGGCGAAUGUGUACACUGACAACAUACACUACGUUUAUAAACGCCACCCCAUUUGCAUUUUCGUUCUCUAAUUUGUAGCAAGUACGUCUCCUGAUUCAACGGGUGCGAGACAGAUAAAGGUUUACCCAUUGAGCCGAAAUACAUGCCUAUGCUAUUCGUAGUUUCAUUGCUACGGAUAGAGUUCUUUGGUUGCUACAAGUAUAGUUCUUUUUCAGAGCGAGGCUGCCAUGUAUAGUCUUUUGGAGUGAUGGUACAAAAAUAAUAAAACUAGCAAGCAAUAAACAAAAAUAUUGACUCAAUUUCGGCCAAUCAAGAUACAGAAUCAGUGAAUGAGAUGUUGCAAUUUAAAUUAUAAGACACUGGACCCAGAUUCACAGCUCUGCUGAUCUUAAGGGCGAAACUGCUUCCUAUAAAGGCUUUGCGUGGUAGCCAUCUUGCAGGGCAGUUCUGUUUAUUCCACAGGGAAACUUCUUUUGUGCAUACCCUAUGGAACAAAAGCAAUGGCCUGCAAGAUGGCAGCCAUGCAAACCCUCGAUAGGCCUAUAGCAGAAAGGUCUGCGCUUGCAGGAAGCGUAUAGUUCAUUCAUGAACCUACAUCCCAAAACUAAACAUAUAGACACGUCGUGGAGUCCUUGUGCUGGUGCUGUAAGUGCAGAAUGGGGAUCGUUAGCAUGAUUUCUGUUGUUGACAGAGCGGUGAAAAUAAUCCCAGAGGUCGUCAUCCUGAGCCAGGUUAGCACUUCAAAAAGGCAAGAUCGUCGAGAACAAAGCGCGCCACCGUGAGAAUAUUCAGUUCCGGACCGCCCCACUGAUUAGGCCGACUUCCAUGCUUGUAAAAAGGUUAACUCAUGAUUUGAUUUCCACGCAACAAAUAUUGUAAGAUGUAAAAUCCAAGUACUUCACUUGGCACUAAUCCUUUUCUGUCCUUGGGACAGUUCACGUGUACAGUGGGUAGUUUGUAAAAUAUCAUGAACUCUUUUUAAAAAAUGGUUGUGUAGAGGAUUCCAACAUAGAAAUUCCUACAACACAUUUCGUGGAUCCCGGAUGUUGAUCCCAAUGCAAUCUCUCGUCCAACUUCGACACUCAGGAAAAAUAAAAUAGUCCUAUCAUUUCAUCCUGUUGCAAACAUGUUUUUAGAAACGCGUUUAAAUCGGUUGUACUUGGAAGACGAGAUAUACAGGUUAAAAACAUUGUACAAGAAAACGAGUUUAAUUGGGGUUUCUGCAUAAGAAACAGGAUCCAUUUACGAGAAAAAAAUAACACAUUUUAUUUCUGUUUUCAGAAUACAGAGUGCAAAUAUCAUGUACUGGAUCACUGACUAUAUUGUGCAAGAUUGAUCUACCUCGGGUACAUAGGUAACAGGUGCUUGUCAGUAUGGACGUUAAUAUAUUAUUUUACUCUUCUACUACAGGUGUAUGGAAUAGACUCAUACACUGAAUUUUGAAGAAGCGCGGGUUGAAGUGGCACAUUUUGAGUGUGGUCUUACUGUACGUUAUAAACUUCUCGGUGCAAAUAUAUAUGUACGUGUACUGAUUUUUCUGCCACCUUCGCCUUAGCAGGAUUAAGCAAUUAGUUUACCUAAUCUUCUGACAUACAUGGAUAGAACAUUUCAAACUAAUCAGUUUCAGAAAUCUUCCGUUUCCUUUUCUCUAUAUUUUUCUAAUGUACACCACCACUGCCGACAUAUACAUGCACAGACCUCUAUAGGUAAACAAGGCCUUCUUGACAGUGUAAAUGCAGAAAACAUUUGUUCCAAAUCACCGCAGUAAUCUCUCCAUCUAAGUUUGAUCUACUUAUUUUAGUAUGUUAAUGUGUAUCCUUCCUGACUGUAGAUUGGAAAUCAGCAAGUAGUUGCCACAGUAACCCAAUCCUACUACUGCUGAUUCAAACUGUAACUGAAAUAAGAUUUCUCACCUUCCCUGAUGUCACUCAAAGGUUCGGGUAAACUGAAACUAGUUACCAUUCAAAACAAAAUGAAACUGGGUGGUGGGCUUCAGAGAAAUUCAAAGCCCCCCCCCUCCGAACACUGCGAUAAUGUAAUCUGCGUCGUUUUGCAUUCAAAUGACCACUGCUUUAAUAUGGUGCUAUUGUAAGAAGUAGGGUGUCAAAACAUGAGGCAGGCAAACCUCAAUUUGACUUAUUUUUUACUGUUAUUCUAACAAAAGCUAAAUUUAUAGUCCCACGAAAGAGUGCUUUAUUUUUGUGGUGUGUACUAUUUUGGUGACAUGCUGAUGGAAACAAAACGCUAUUUUGAAUCUUAGGGCCUACAUGUACAUGAAAGCGCAUCGGCUUUGACCUUUAAACUCACAGUCAGAUCCGGGACCCUUUCCGGUCGUCUGAAAUGCGGCAAUCUUUCAUUUUUGCUUCGCAAUCGCUGGUCCCUUCCUCGGCGAUGCCUCGAAAGGUUUCUGAGUACUAGCAGUUUCAACAAUUCUGAAAGUAGCUAGCGCUCGAUGCCUUCAGAACGAAUGCUGAGGUUUGCAUAAAAUUGUUGAGAUUUUUGUUUUUAAUAAAAUGACAUGUUCAGGUUCUAUUUCAGGGUAACUAAGGUUGUGGUUUUUAUUUAUCGUAAACGCAAGCACAAACUUGUCCAUAUUUGCACAAAUACAAAUUCAUCAUACUUUUGAAAAAGUUAAAGUAUUAGUAACUGCAGUAAUAUCUUCCAGAUAAGACAAACGUUUAUUUGUGCAAUCGAGGGUAUAGUUCUGUUCGGCAGAUGGAACGUUCCACUGAACAAGACAAGGCUGCGUGGAAUGGAACUUCCCACAAAUACACGUGAACAUACCACGAUUUACUCAAUUCAACAGCCGCAGGUUUCUUUUAUUGGUGCUCUGAAAAUCACCGAAAGCUGUAUGUAAAUGAUGCUAAUACAAGGAACCGAUCAUUGAGUUCAGAUCUGGAAAUCAGUCUUGUCACUCUGUCCAUGGGGAAGAGGUGGACAGGACUUCUGUGUUCAACUUCUUGGGUGUUUUAUUUUGAAUUCUGAGAGCGAGCAUGUUUACUACCAAGUCAGGAAGGUUUGGCUGCGGUCAUAUUGCUUCCCCCCCCGGGAGCACGACGUUAUCUUUUUGUUUUAUCAUGCUCCCAUUGAGAGCGUUUUUAGACUUUCUGUUAGUGUCGACUUUGUAACACUGUGAACCUGACAAAUAAACUAGCUCAUGUAGUUGAUAGUUUCCAGUAUUGUUGGUGCUAAGAUAACCCAAGUUGAGAUUUGCACAGACAAAUCUCUGC